AUGAGUAGUGCAAACCACAGCAGUGAUAUCCCUCAAUUUGUCGUUAUUCGUGAUCAAGUCCACAACACCUACAAACAUCCCAUUGUCCAUUACGUCUUUGAGGAUGAGCCGUUUCCAGAGGUCACCAAGGAGAAUCUCAUUCUUGUCGAUUUGGACGACAAUGCUCAACUAAGCGAAAUCGAUAGUUACAGCCCACACUUUCAAGUUAUCGAUUGUCGACUAGACCACAAUAGUACAGUGUAUGAUCAAUUUGAUGGUGCCCAUGAUGGUACAGGCUUGAUGACCAUUGAAGGUGUGUCUGCACCGAAAGCAAAUGAAGCUAUUGAAAGCCUGCAGCCUGUAAGGAAUCUUGACAACUUGCGAGAAACCAUCUUCAACUUUAAGACAAGAAAUGAAAUGGUCAAGCGUGUCUUUGCAUCGUCGUCAUCAUCACCAUUCUCCUCUUCCUCACAGCAACAACAACAACAACAGCAACAACAACCCCGUCCAUCUUCCGCAGCUGCUACAGCAUCUUCUAUAUCAUCAUCAUUUGAGUGCCAUUCUCCAAAUCGAUCAUAA